AAAGAAGUUUGCUGCACUGGAGAGAGCAACAGUAAACAUAACUGUGCUCAGCUGGUGUGAACAAUAGCAUUCUGUUAUCUUGCUGAAGGUGCUGAUUCUGUGAAAAAUUGGGAGCACUUUGCCCUUUUUGUCCCUUUUUGAACUUUGACCAGUUGGUCAGGAUUGAUUAUCAACCAGAUGCUAAUUGCACUGCUUCUCAUUUCACUAAACAAAGGUGUGCUAGACAACGGUUUCUUGCUCUGGCCAAGUCUCUAGGACACGACCCGUGAAAUAAAAUAGUUGAGGAGGAAGCUAAGAGCUUACCUAUGGAGCUGAGUGAGAAGGGAGGUGUGGAGAACAAUGGAUUUGUUCAAAAUGAGGCUUUUGAUGACAAGGAAACAGAUGCCAGUAACCAAGAAGAAAUGCCAAAACCAUGCGCUGUUGAUGUGAACCCGGUGGCUGAGGAAGAGACAGUGCUGAAGCCUUAUGCUGGGAUGCCAAAGGAGGUCUUGCUGAAGUUCUCCAGCCAAGCCCGGUACAGAAUCACCAGGGAGAUUCUCUUCUGGCUCAUCAUUGCUGGUGCUGCUGCACUUGUGUGUGCUACGAUUGCAAUUAUUGCUCUCUCUCCAAAGUGCCUUGACUGGUGGCAAGCUGGUCCUAUUUAUCAGAUCUAUCCUCGUUCCUUCAAGGACAGCAACAUGGAUGGGAAUGGGGAUCUGAAAGGCAUCCAAGAAAAACUGGACCAUAUUACAUAUUUGAAUAUAAAAACCAUCUGGAUCACCUCUUUCUUUAAGUCCCCUUUAAAAGACCUUGGAUAUGGAGCUGAAGACUUCUAUGAUGUUGAUCCCAUUUUUGGAUCAAUGAGUGAUUUUGACAAUCUGAUUGCAGCCAUACAUGACAGAGGGCUGAAGGUGAUAAUGGAUUUAAUACCAAACCACACAAGUGACAAGCACCGAUGGUUUCAGCUGAGUCGCAACCGGACUGGGAAGUACACAGAUUACUACAUCUGGCAGGACUGCAUGGAGGCUGCUGGUUCAGUCAUUCCUCCAAACAACUGGGUGAGUGUCUUUGGGAAUUCCAGCUGGCAGUUUGAUGAUGUGAGAAAGCAAUGUUAUUUUCAUCAGUUUGGGAAAGAACAGCCAGACUUGAAUUUUCGCAGCCUUGAUGUCCAACAAGAAAUCCAUGAUAUUAUAAAAUUUUGGCUCAACAAAGGAAUUGAUGGAUUUAGUUUCAGCACUGUUAAAUUUCUCUUAGAAGCAACGCAUCUCCGAGAUGAACCUCAAGUGAACAAGUCUCAAAAUGGAGAGACUAUCACAGCCUAUUCCCAGCUCUACCAUGACUACACAACCACACAAGUUGGUAUGCAUGAUAUCAUCCGUAGCUUCCGUCAGACCAUGAAUGAGUUCAGCAGAGAACCUGGUCGAUACAGAUUUAUGGGUUCUGGUGAUGAUGAAAAGGAAGACAUUGAAGCAACAAUGAUGUAUUAUGGAACAACUUUCAUCCAAGAAGCAGAUUUUCCCUUCAAUUUCAACCUAAUGAACAUGAAAAAUCUAUCAGGCAACAGUAUUUUUGAAGCUGUUGACUCGUGGAUGAAAAACAUGCCUGUGGGAAAAUGGCCAAACUGGGCUGUUGGAAGCCCUAAUGCUGCUCGGAUUUCAUCUCGCAUUGGGAAGGAGUAUGUCAAUGUUAUGAAUAUGCUGCUUUUAACCCUGCCUGGAACUCCUGUAACUUACUAUGGUGAAGAAAUAGGCAUGGAGAACAUUGUAUCAGAAAAUGUGACCUUUCCAGAGAAAUCCCCCAUGCAGUGGGAUGGAGAAGUUAAUGCUGGUUUUACUGAAGGCAACAGUAGCUGGUUACCUGUUAACUCCAACUACCAAAGUGUAAAUGUGGAAAUCCAGAGGACCUGGUCCAACUCAACCCUGAAUUUGUACAGAGAGCUGACGCAACUUCGCAACAACGAGCUCCCCAUCAAUCGGGGCUGGAUGUGCUACAUCUGGAAUGACAGUAACGUGUUUGUGUAUGUGAGGGAACUGGAUGGGUUAGACAGAACCUUCAUGAUGGUCCUCAACUUCGGGCAGGAAUCGACAAUAGACCUGACAGCUAUAGUUCCUAAUCUUCCCUCUGAAGCUGUUAUAAGGCUAAGUACUAAUUUUAGCAAUGCUGGUAAAGGUGUCUCCACCAAACUAAUUAAAACUGAAAUGGGAGAAGGCCUGGUCCUCGAAUAUAAAACAGCAAAGCCUGUCCAUACUAUGGAAGCUUUUCAAGGGAAGUGUUUUGUGGCAGAAAAAGCUUGUUAUUCCAUGGCCUUAAAUUUACUCUACAUGAACUGUUGAGUACAGGAGUAGAAUAACUAAGCUUUCGUGUUAAUUUAGAAGAUAUUGGUUUCAAGGAAAUGCUAAAAACAUUCAGUUUUCUUUGGCUUUUCAAACUUUGUACAAAAUAACCUGAAAACUAAAACAGACACCUAAUGCCUUGUAUGUGAAUUGGUGAUGAAAAGUAUGGUAUAAACUCCCCUUUAGGAUCUGUGGAGAAGAAAAGUAAACCUAUAAAAAACUGUCCUGUUAAAGUGUGUGUAUUUUUGGGAGGAAAGACAACAGUUGCUUUUUGGGUGCUACCUCUUACAGUUGCUGGUUAUUAAGAGCUCCAAAGCCUGUGGCAGUUCAUAAUUAAUGUUAACAAAUGUGUAGAUUUGUGAAACUUAUUCUAAAGGAGUGGCCCUGUAUUUGCUAAAACAGGUAAACACAAGCAGGACUGAUACAUGUCUCAACUCUAACAGCUCUGAUUAUCCUCAAAGUUAGUAAGGAAAAGAACAAAAUAUAGCUAAUACAUCUAAUUCUACACUCAGGGCUGCAUUUCAAAUUGAUUCCUCCCCUCCCUGCUGAAUUAGAAUACAUUUGCAUUCUCUUACUUCUCUUCCUACCCUAAGGCUGAGGUGAGGGGUGUGUACUUCAGUUCAGAGUAUGCAGCUGAAGCAACUGUCACAGCUGAAGCUGAUUGUCACACUUGUGCUUUGAUUUGCAUUUGCUGCACCUACAGUGGCUGAUGUGGCCCAAAGGAAGAGUCAGCAUUUGACUUGGUGCAGUCUGCUGUGGGCACAGGGGUCCAUCGGGGGAACUUUGUUUUGGUUUGAGGACAGUAUGGCCACAGUGUAUCUUCCACCCACUGCUGGCCCUAGGCGUGCACCAAGCAUGUAUUUUAGCAAGCAAUGCACAGCUGGUUUGUGCCUUGCUUAGAGGGCAGCUAAGCUAUGAAUUGGGCUGCUUCAGUGGGGGCAUUCUUUUUGUUUUAUCCUCUGGAGAGACUCUGGCAUCAUCCUCUGGGGCAUUCAUCUUGUCUUCCAAGAGGGACUUUGGCACCUCCUUCUUAAGAUUACCAUGGUAGUUAAGGUAACUGCAAGAUUUUUAAUCUGCUCAGAUCAAAGAGUUCUGCUAAAGUUGCUGUUCUUGAGAGUCCAUUUCUUUGCAGUUUGAUCGAUCCCACCAUAUGAUCAGUACACUAUGACUGCUGUGUAGAUAGGAAGGGCAACAGUCAUCAUCACCUACAUAUGGGAAUUAGUUUUAGAAAUAGUGAGACUUUUUCAUCAAAUACUACUUAGGAGUUUUACUGCCUUGUGUAAAAGGUGGUCUUACAAGAGAUGGCUUAGGAUGGAGAGGCUCCCUGUACAAAGUGCAUGUGCUACUCACGUGAGGCUUUAUGUGCCCGUUGCUGCACUCAGCUCCGCUCGUGUAGCGCUGCACUGCUGGCUUGUGUGAACAGAACUUACUGAACAAACUGAUUUAUGCUGGCAGCUACUUCUGUACUACCAGGCAGCAGAGACAUUCAGUUCUUGGUCUGUAUGUUUAUAAGCCAAUGCCACACCCAGCUUUGUGCACUUUAUGCCCAUAAAGCAGGGAUCCAGGAGCAAAGAUCCUCUGGAGAAGGUGUUUGCUUUCCAUAUAAAUAAAAAUCCAACCCAAAGUU